AUGCCUAUAGCAAUGAAUUUUGAUUUAUUAACAAAUAAUAAUCAUCAAGAUCGUUGUGAACAUAUAAAUGAAUAUGAAACAAGUCUUGAAAUAAAACUAUCAAAGCCACCAUUAUCAAAUGGUACAAAUCGACAAUCAACAUCAUUUACUGUACCACCACCACCACUUGUCAAACCACGUAUACGUCCAAUAGUAAAUCGUAUAACACAUAAUAUUGAUUUAGAACAAUUAAGUCGUUGUUCAUUAACACAUCAAAUUAAUUUACCUAAAUUUGAAAAUGAAAAAUGGUUAGCAAUAUCUUCAUCAAAUGAAUAUAUAUUAGUUGGUGGUGGUAGUUCAAGUACAUUACAUCUUUUUGAUUUACAAGGAAAACAAAUACGUCUUAUUGAUAUAAAAACAUUUGCUGCAUUUGAUUUAGCAUGGUCAAAUGUUUUAAAUGCUUUUUUAAUUGCUGGUUAUGAUCGUUUACAAAUGUAUAAUGUGGAAAAAGAUCAAUUGACACAAAUAGAGAAUAUCAAUUUAAUUAAUAAAAAAGAUAAUUAUUUUUGGUCAAUUGCAUGUCAUGGUAAUGAUAUAUUUAUUGUUUUAUCCGAUGGUCUCGAAUCUGUAUGGCGUUUAUCAUUACCAAAUUUUAAACGUAUUCAAACAUUAUCUGGUAGUGAAAUACGUGAAAGUAAUACAGAUGAUCGAAUAUCAUGUAUACGUACAAAUGGUUAUUCAAUUGGUAUGACAUUAAGACAACGUGAUACAUAUCAAUGGCGUGUUGAUUUAUUUGAUUAUGUUACAAUGACACGUACACAUCGUGGUUUAACAAUUGGUUAUGGUAUUGGUGCAUUUAAUUUUGUUGAACGUUGUAUGUUAGCACCGGUUGAUGAUCAUCAAUGGCUUAUUAUAGGUGGAUGUAAAGUGACACCAAAUGCAUUAACAUUAAUGGAUGAUCGAACAGGUGAAAUAAAACAAGUUGAACGACAAUCUGAUCAACAAGAAAAAUUUAUAUCAAAUAUUUGUACUAGUGAAAAUAGUAAACAACCACAGAUAAUUACUAUGAUUAUUAUAGAUAAUCAAGGUGGUCAACGUCAGAUGCAUAUUAUGCAGCAAUAA